AUGGACAUGGCGGCAUGUGAGCCAAUGGACGUGGAGCAGGAGGCACUUGGAGAGGCGCUGGGAGAGGUCGUCUUGCUCCAGACGCAGCUGAAGAUGCACGGCACACCAGUGAGGCCUACCCUCAUGCAGGAGCUGGAUGUUGGUCCUAUUCUGACGAUGGUGUCCGCUCAGCUUCAGCAUCCGAUACCGCUCUUCGCAUUGACGGUGGGGCUGGUGGUGCUCGCCGCCAUGUUGUGCGGGAUGCGACGGUGUUUGCAGUCCGGCAUUACCCCACAGCCGCCACAAACAGAAGGUAUUAAGCUUGGAAUCUAUGGAAUCUUGCUGACGCAGACUCUGAAUGCAUUAGCCACCAUGGUGGUUUUACCAACCCUGCCUUUCUUCGCGAUGACACUGGGUGCGACAGCAUUGGAGGUGUCUCUCAUGAACUCUGCAUAUAACCUAGCUCAGAUGUUCUGCUCCCCGCUGUUGGGCGUACUAUCCGACCGCUAUGGGCGAAAGCGAGUUAUGCUGGGAGGCAUUUGCAUCCAAAUGAUCUGCAACACCUUCAUGGCGCAAUCCAGCAGUCUGACCCAGUUGCUGCUGGCUCGCAUGGCUGUUGGCAUGGCCCUGAGCACCGGUCCGGUCGAGAUGGCUUACAUCAUGGACUUCCUGCGCUCCGAGGAGGAGCUCAGUCGCGUUCUGUCUCUGCAGCGAGUCAUGACUUCCGCCGGAGCGCUGGCCGGUCCGCUGGUGGCCCGCACGUUUGACAAGCUGCAUUUCAAGACGCUGUGCCUAGGUGUGGUCGGCGUCAAUGUGCUGAAUCUGAUCAUCGGCUCCGUUCUAUGGGAGGAUGCAGCCAAGACGGAGGGCAGAGACAGGAAGAAGCCCAUCCAGGUCGAGCAGGACGAAGACAACGAUGCAGCGGAAAAGUCUAUAAGUGAGCAGCUCAAGGCGAUGUUUGCGAAUCAAGCUGCUUGCGGCCUGCUUCUGGUGUCCUUUGUCUACGCAUUGGGCUUUGCUAUUGGGGAUGGCCCAGAGAUGGUCUUCUUCAAGGACCGCUUCGGCUUCGGCAAGGAGCAUGCCUGCGUCUUCUACCUGUUGACCAAUGUGUCAACUCUGGUGUGUUCUGCAUGGGUCCCUGCCCUCUUGACGAAUUUUGGCGCGCUGCCGCUUUGCAUUGCCGGAACGGUUGGUGGUUCCAUUGCCUCGCUGCUGCUUGUGUUCGGCCCGACUGCCCUCUGGGUGCCGUAUGCUUUCGGCAUUACCAUGGUUGGCCUCUUCGGCACCAUGAUUGGCAUGGGCUUCAUGCACUUGGUCAGGGAGUAUUGCCCGGAGGAUCUCAUGGGAACUAUGUUUGGUCUACAGAGUUCUCUGAAUGGGGCCGCGGGUGCUUUGGCGCCGCCCUUUGGUGGUUGGCUGUACCACCUGAACAUCUUUCUGCCAUUCCUCUGUACUUCUGCCUCCUGCGCUCUUACCGGCCUGCUAUAUGAGACUGCUAUGCCAAAGUCGGUGAAGGAGACCGUGACCAAGACUGAGAUCGUUGAGGCCGUGGUGCACCGGAAGGCAACGAAGAUGACUCGAAACUCCACCUUUGGCAGGCCCAUCUACCACGACAAGAGUUUCAUCAUACAGGUCUGUACCAACGAGCUCAGUAUUGGACUGAACCCCGAGAGCAUGUACUUCUACCAGCGCAUGCGGGAGCGUCUGAAGGAAGAGAAUGUGCGAGGGGGCAUGAAGCCUGUGGCCACCGUUGCGGGGUCCCUCGCAGAGUCUAUCGAGCAGGAGGACGAAAGGAAGCGCAAGGCCGUUUCCAUACGACGCAUGGGCACCGACCAGGGCCUCGGAUCUGGCAGCGGGAGCUGA